AUGGACCAGCAAAGCCAGGCAACAAUAUCUCGCAGGUCGUCCCUUUCACGUCAUAUACAGCGAGUAUUUCACAAAGACAUACCAGGUUAUCAAAGACAGGGCGAUGGCCCUUUGUUUUCUGAAAAAUCUAUAUUAAAUGUAGACGGCCAAUAUGGUCAGCAACGAUUAAAUGGACGAACAGAGAACGGCGCCAGCGCCCAAUACCUCCCCAACCACUCGUCUUUUGCGAACACCAAUGAGCGCGAUCCCCAUAUGGACAAUUCGCCAAGAUCUGAGGCCUCAAAUCGAAACAGCUCGCGCUCUAGGCGCUUUUCAAUACCUUCGGUUUUCCAAAAAGCCAUUGAGCGGACAGAGCCUUCGUCUUGCUCAAAUGAGCCGGGGAGUUUGACAGCAGAUGCCUAUAUCCCUCAGAAUGGCAACAACACAGUCACUCAGAAGAACGAAAGGCGGGCAACAAAACGCCUGGAAGCAGAAAGACUAGAGCUCGAGAAGCGAUUAUCGAGACUCGAGGAUGCGCAGCUAGCCCGGGGCCGUAGCCUCACGAAAGGGGAAACCCGCCGUCUGACGAAAAAGCAGCCGAUACGCAGCUCGAGCAGGGCGUCAAGCGUUAGCACCGAUGACAACCGGUUCUCUCGGAGGAUCUCUUCGGUGUUUUCGAGCUCAAGGCACACAUCGCGUUCCAGAUCAAGCUCUGUAAAUCAUAAAGACAGAGGCUCUGUGGGACACGCGCCUGAAGUCUCUGUGGGACACGCGCCUGAAGUCCCCAGACUCCCAGGCGAAGAAGAAAAAGGCCACUUGAAACAGACGACUGCAAACUUUUCCCUACCUCUGCAUCUCCCUGAACGACUUGGUGAAACUAUAACGAGAACUUUCGUUACACAGGACAGUGCAUCUCUCCCAAACCGUGAGAAGCUGGCUGAGUUGCAAAAAGUACCUCACUCAGAGACCAUAUCGCCGAGUCACCAAGAAGUGGAGGGUAGAAAGUCUACCAGGGAGACAAGAGACACCACUAGAUAUACAACUGGAAGCCAGAUGAGGAGAGACGACAACCAAAGGAGGCCGACUGAUCUUGACCGCAGCUGCUUUGCAGCGUCUCUUUACCUUGAGCAGGGAAACUCGAAACCCGAUCGAUUUUAUGACAACCACCGACAGUCAUUAUCCUCACAGAACCUGAAGAUUCCUGGAACAAGCCAAGCUCCUUCGGUCACUGCAGGAGCCAAACCACUUGCCCAGGAUGCGCGAAGUCCGGUGGCUCAGCACAAACCAGAUACGUCCAGACAAAGGGCUAUCUCACACAAGCCCGUUGCAAGCCCGCGUUCUCAUGGACAACCCCGAAUUCUCAGAAAAUCACCUCUAACAAGAGAGCACGGAGCUAACACGCCUCCCAUUGAAACCAGACAGAAGGCUGUUACUUCCUUGAUCCAAAACGGGGACAAAACAAAACUAGGAGAUGCUACCCAUAAGAGCACGGCACUCAAUUCAAAUACCGCUUCUCUUUUGCCCAGUUCGCUUUUGCCCGCUUCGCGCGCGCUUCAUACCAAAAAUGAACAAAGUGAAAAAUAUGCAGGCACCUGUCUCGAUGCCAACGGACGCCUGGUGAACUAUUCGCUGGGUCAUGCAACUGAUACGCCAGUGUUGUCGGACAUUACUUCCUCACAUUCACGCAGUACAGGGCUUUCCCAAAAGUCAAAAGACUAUCCAAAUGGAACGCCAAACUCUGGAAAAAAUGUCCGAUCUCCAUAUGACCCGAUCAGGACCACUGAUGAAAGUGUGGAAACUAAGACGCCACAGGAACGGCAGAGUCAACCAAUUUAUCAACUAAACAAUGAGAGAACCGAGAGAAGGAUUUCUACAACUCCAGUCACCGCUGAUCAAGACGCACAAGAGCAAGCCUCACCAACAAGUUUCGUCAGUUGCAAAUCAGGCCGACGGAGCAAUUCACCUCCAACGACCUUGUACCCGAACGCAUUAUCCGUUGGCCAUAAUAUCAGUGGUCCUUCUGAUGAGCAACCUGGAUAUAGUACCAGCAAAAGGGAUCAUGUAUCGAAAAGCGUCUCUACCAAUGGCACUGGCAGUGGAACAGAAGCUGCGACCCUCGGCGCCCUAGAAAGUGAAACGCAGAAGCCAAUUCAAGCCAAGGAACGAUUCCAAGCCCGCCUAGUUGAGAAGGUAUUCAUUAUUUGCUGCUCUUGUGAGGCCUGGCAUAGCAUACCACCUGGGGGAAACAUGAAGCCUCCGGUUUCUAGUGAUUCUGCUGGGUCUAAGAGCCAUGGGGCCUCAAAUAUACAAGCCAUUCCCAGUACGAAUCAUUUUUGGAAGCCUAAAAUGGGCGCAAUCGCCAAAUCUCCGGCAAGCCAACCAAGUGACGAAAAGAAACACACAGCAAGUGGCCCCAUGUCCAAUGCAAGGCAAUAUUGUUGGUGUGGCCACCCGAUCAGCAGUUUAUGCUGUGACGGCUGGACUACUCUGGUCCAUAUGCGUCAUCGACAUCGUUGGCUCUAG